AGCUUAAAUUGUUUCAGCAUGGCGACACUGCCAACAGGGCACCUUCGAUCGAUGGGUUGCUGUCAACAAUUUCUUUCUAAAAUAUUUAUGAAAUAAAACCAAUAUCGACCGUGGAUAACUCAGCUAAUAUCAUAAGUGUAACUGGUUUCGUAUCCAAGAAUUAAUCCGGUGGUCAGCUCUGUGCUAAAAUUUUGCAAGCAGUGAGAGUGAAAGUGUUCGAUGUGUCUCUCGAUUCCAUGAUAGUGACGAGGCUAUUCGCAGCAUAUGUGAGCGGUUUCCUCGCGAAUGUUACGUAAGCGGUGGUAGCCGUCAUGUCGUGGAUGAAGCGGCCGCAGGGCGGCGCGGCGCCGCCCGGGCCCGACCCCCAGCCCUUCGCUGCGCCCCAGACAUUCAGUAAUCCGCAAAAUAUGUAUGGGAACUAUCAAGGUGGCACUCCUGGAAAUGCCCAGCCACAGCAGCAAUUCUGGCAGAUGCCGGCUCAACAGCAGCCGGUGUCUCAGCCGCAGCAGUACAACCAGCAGUACGGGCAGGUGUACCAGCAACAGGAGUAUGCCGCAAAUGCCAACCAGUACUACCCACCACCUGGACCGUACCCCCAGGGCUAUAACCAAUCCUAUGCCGGACAACAAGGAUACCAACAAAAUUACUACCAAAAUCAAGGAGUGCAACCGAACUAUCCUCAAAACAAAAACACAGAUGGCUGGGAAGACAACUGGGACUGGGGGUGGGAUGACUCGUCAAAGCAAGGCCAGAAAGCUCCAGGACCCAAUGCUGCUCCGUUGACGGCUCCUCAGCCGGCACCGCCGCAGACGCAGGUUUUUAAUAAUGCUAAUGUGAUUGAAGAAAGUUUUGCAACCACUGAUAGUUGGAACUGGAACACUGAGGAUAAAAAAGAUUCAAAUGACUCGCAACAUGCUCCUGUCCUUCCGCCUGAGAACAGCCAAACGGCCUCACUACCUGUACAAAAUACUCCCAUUGACAAUAAUACUGAAAAUGAAGCAAAUGUACAUAGUCAAAGAAGUCCUAGUAGUAAUUCAAUACACCAAUCUACAGAAGAAAUUAAAACUCUCAAUGACAGAGACAUAGUUAAGGAACGUUUACCUAAUUUGGCUCUAGGUAAGCGAUUCCAUUUAGACAAUUUAACUCCUCAGUGGUCAAUAGAAUCACAAAUGUCACAGGAAUCUAGUGACGGGCCUCACACUCAUUCUGAGGGCACCUACAGAAGUGAAAACCAAUCUAGAAAUUCUAGUAAAAGUAGUCCAGGUCUGAAUACCGAAAGUUCAAACUUUAAUUAUUCUCAAUCUGGUAUUGAGGAACUGUAUCCGCAAAAUAGUGAGUGGUCAAAACAUUCAACGGAAGAACCCACUUUAGUCGACCAAGCACCAAGCGGCAACAGCAGGCGAGAGAGUCACGACGAACUCUCCAAUUCAUUACAAGAAAUGAGCAUAAGUAAUAGUGAGAAUCCUGCACCUGAUACAUCAUCUACGAACAAGGAGGUGGAGUCAAGGAGCUCACAAGAUAAUGUAGGAGUGACUUUGCCUCCUCCGCCUUCCAUGUCCCCAGCAAAUUUUCCUCCUCCUGCACCAUUAAGCCACCCUCCGCUGGCGGCGUCCUCGGCGCACGCGGUCGGCGCUGCUGCCCCUCCUUCAUCUUCAUCCUCCUCAUCAUUGCCUCCACCUUCGAGUUUUCCGCCUGUGUCAUCUCAAAACCCCUAUAAACACGCAGGACCAUUCUCACACAAGAAUUUAUCAAAAGUUCCAUCAGGUACUCCAUCUCCAAUGCAGCCGUUCCCUCCUCAGCCGAAUUUAACAUCCCCGGCGGUAGUUAGUAAAGCCUCCCAGCACAACAGAGUGCCCGUAGGAUAUGGCGCUAAUUUAGAGACUACCCCUGAUAAUUCGGAGAGGCCCGACCAGCCGCAGGUUGCACCCUUUAGACCGAUGCCUGUGGCGCCGCAGGUCCCCGACAACUUGGAAGUGGCACCUCGGAAUGAUAGAAACGAAUAUUUGCAAACUGCACACCUGUCGAGCGGAGACUACGGCGAAAAUACCGACUUCAGUCGCAACGCUCCACCACCAGGCUUAAGAAGAAUGGUAGUCGGCCAGCAGGAAUCCGAAUAUAGCCAAAAUAUAAGCCUAACAUCUGAUGAACCCCCACCGGGUUUCGCGAGAAUGGUUCCCGGACAGCAGACCGAGUCUGAGAGUUCAUACAACCAACCUAACGAUAAUUAUAUGGAUCGCCAUAUUGACGGCGGACCGAUCGAUGGUCCCGCACGGCCCUACAGGCAGGCCGAGGGUCAGCAAUCAGACGUUUACACUCAACCUCCUUCCAAUAGGAACAACGACAGGAGACCGAUCGGGUUGGACAGAAUGGUGCCCGGGGAGCCCAGCAACGACGACUACUCCCAAUACCAAGGCGCGCCGUACGCGGGAUCCAAUGAGCAGAGGGUCGUGACGGGACUCGACCACGAGUACUCUGUGCCCGCGGAGCCCGGCCCCUCGGACGUCAGGGAGCAGAAUAUGGAUGGGUCGGACUACACAGAGCAAACCGUAAGAAACCCGCCCAGAAGCGUGAUCGGCGCGCGGGAGUCGAGCAACGACGUGUCGCCCGAUUACGGGAGCAGACCGGAAGAACAGCAGAGGGAAGUCGUGAUGGAGGGUGAGAAUUUACAGGACUUGAGCGUCAUAUCGUCCACGGAGCUGUCGUUCUCGCGGGAGCCGACCUUCGACGGCUCGGACGUGCCGGCGCUCGACGCGAGCUCCGACAGGAAGGCCGACGCGCCCGAGAGCUCGGAGCAUUCCAGGAGCGGCUCGAGGCGGCAGUCGCUGAACCACGCGAACACCUCGGGGGACGACUCCGAGAGGGACAGGCUGCUGAAGUCGUCGCCGCGGAGGGACAAGCACAAGCCCUCGCGGGACAGGGACAGGGACAAGGAGGGGAGGUACUCCAGAGGGGACAGGAAGUACGACAGGGAGUCCGAGAGAAGGUCGGGGCGAGACGAGCGGAGGUCGGAGCGGCGCGACGCCAGCCCGGACGCGCGCCGCACGCGCCGCAGCACGCGCGAGCGCGACGCCAGCCCCGACGCGCGCCGCGCGCGCCGCAGCACCAGGAGCCACCGGUACGAGACCGACACGGACUACUACAGCGACAGGGAAAGAUACCAAAGACGGCAACGCGAAGGCUCGUACACCUCGAAGCCCCCGCGACACGACGGCGAGCGGCGCUACCGCGACGAGCGCGAGCGCGAGCGCCGCUACACGAGCGACCGCCACCGCGACCGCCACGAGCGCGACCGCGACCGCUACGAGACGCACUACCGGGACAUCGACCCCUCCAGGAAGUAUGGCAACUUGCGCAAGGAGAGGGAGGACGACAGAAAGAGAGUUGUGACAUUCUCGAGCGAUGCGAAAUCUAGUGAUAGUAGUAGGAAAGAAGGCGAGGCGUACUCCCCGUCGCGCGCCGAGUCGCGCGAGCCCACGGCCACGGACGACGAGCGCGACCCGCGCCGCCGCGACCGCGACCGCGACCGCGACCGCCGCUCGCGGCACAAGCGCCCCGACCCCUACUACGAUGUGUACGGCAGCGGCGGCGCCGGCGGCUACCCCGGCGACCCGUACCUACUGCAGCGCCAGCAGUACGAGUACUACGAGCGGCUGCGCGCCACCGACCCCGCCGCCUACAUGCAGCUGUACAAGCUCAUGGCGGGCCAGCAGCCGCCCGACUACAUGCACGCGUACGAAGGUGAGCCGCCGCCGACCCCGCCGCCUACAUGCAGCUGUACAAGCUCAUGGCGGGCCAGCAGCCGCCCGACUACAUGCACGCGUACGAAGGUGAGCCGCCGCCGACCCCGCCGCCUACAUGCAGCUGUACAAGCUCAUGGCGGGCCAGCAGCCGCCCGACUACAUGCACGCGUACGAAGGCAGCUGGACAAGCUCAUGGCGGGCCAGCAGCCGCCCGACUACAUGCACGCGUACGAAGCCGCCGCCGACCCCGCCGCCUACAUGCAGCUGUACAAGCUCAUGGCGGGCCAGCAGCCGCCCGACUACAUGCACGCGUACGAAGCCGCCGCCGACCCCGCCGCCUACAGGCAGCUGGACAAGCUCAUGGCGGGCCAGCAGCCGCCCGACUACAUGCACGCGUACGAAGGCUACGGCGGCGCGGGCUACGACAGCGCGGGCGCGGCGCGCGAGGAGCGGGCCAGCGUGCACUCGGGCCGCUCCAGCACCGCCGGCCUCAAGGGCAACGACACGUACUUCGCGCGCGACGCGCCCGCCUCGCUGCUCGACGCGCCGUCGCUGCGCACCGACGUCUCCGACAGGGACUUGAACACAGACGCGUCGCUGAAUCUGCAACUGGAAGAGUCUACCGUGCGGUCGGAGCGCAUGACGCCAUUCCGCUACUCCACCGCGCACAUCAAGGGCAGCAUCUCAUCGCGGCACCUGGUGGUGGUGUCGGCGGCGUACCCGGUGGACGGACGGCCGGCGCGCGUGACGCUGGCGUCGCUGGCCGCGGCGCUGGCGCACACGCCCUGCGCCGCCGCGCUCGCCGCCUACCCCGGCCCGCUCGUCAAAGGUGUAACGCACAAGAAAAGCGUGAUUGAGUACUGCGAGGCGCGCGUGCGCAGCGCGGCGGGCGCAGGGGGCAACGACCCCGUGGGCUACGCGCUCGUGUGGGACCUGUUAGCGCUGCUGCUGCGCCAGAACGGGGUGGUCGUUGGCACUGAUAUCGCCGAGCUGCUGAUGAAGAAUACGCGCGAAUAUGAAUACCAAAAGCAGUCCGACAAGUCGGCGAGACUUGGUGCCGAAUCGGCCUCGCCGCGGGCAGCCACGGACGAAGUCGCGGCGCUCGACAAGCUUCGGGAAUACCUCACGUACGGAAACAAGCAAGAAGCACUUGAGUUCGCGAUGAACAACCACCUGUGGGGGCACGCGCUGCUGUUAGCGUGGUACGGCUCGCGGCGCACGCGCGCGCACGUGGCGCAGCGCUUCGUGGGCGCGCUGCCGCACGCCGACCCGCUGCACACGCUCUACGCCGGCCUGGCCGCGCGUCUGCCGCCCGUCGCCACGUGCGUGUCAGACGAGAACUGGGGCGACUGGCGGCCCCACGCCGCCAUCAUCCUGUCCAACACGUCGGCCAAGCCCGAGCAGGAUCGCCGCACUCUCAUCCAGCUCGGCGACACGCUGGCAUCGCGCGGUCUGAUCUACUCGGCGCAGUUCUGCUACAUCUCGGGCGGCGUGCAGUGGGCGCCGCACCCGCUGGCCCCCCUGCCGCCCGCGCCCGCCCCCUCCCCCGCCGGCCCCACCCCGCGUCUCACGCUCCUGCUGGCUGACCCGCGCGCGCAGACGUUCAGUCAGCAUGCGACUAAUGAGGCCAUCUUUGCGACGGAGAUCUAUGAAUAUGCGCUGUCUCUCAACCAGGACUACGUUAUUAAGGAACUACAGGUGUACAAACUAUUGCUGAGCACGCGCCUGGUGGACGCGGGUCUAUACGAGCGCGCGCUAGCGUACACGGAGCAGGCCGCGCGCGCCGUCACGCGCUCGCCGCGCGAUUACUCGCCGGCGCUCUGCCGCAGCCUCGCCUCGCUUGCUGACAGGCUACGGUACCACGACCCGGUGCUACAAGAGGACCCGCCGCUGGUGGAGGAGGGCGGCGACAGCGAGCCCUCGCCGCGCCACCAGCAGUGGCUGCACGACGUCACCAGCGUCGCCGACGCGCUCACGGCGGAGGCGUCGGCGCACAACACGCCGCAGCACAGCGCGCCGGACGGCUACUAUGCGCAGCAGCAGCCGUACGCGUGGCAGGAACAGGCGCAGCAACAGCAGCAGCCAUUCCAGCAGCCCGCGGCGAGCUUCCCGGAACCAACCGAGGAGACCGCGGACUACCCGAAGUACUACGGCCAGGCGGACUACAGCCAGGCGGACUACAGUCAGGCGCCCGCGCCGCCCGAGCCCGCGCCCUACCAGUACGGCUACGAGGACAACGGCUACUGGCAGCCCGAGCCCCAGCCCUAUACUUAUGCCGAGCAGCCGGGCGGCGAGGCGGGCGGGGCGGCGGGGGAGGGCGAGGCGGGGGGCGGGGGCGCGCCGGAGCCGCGGCCCAUGAUCACCAUGCCGGGCGCUGCCGGCGCCGGUGCCGGCCUCUACGCCUACGACGACGACCGCCCGCCCAGCCAGGAGCAGACUGACCGCGAGACGGACACGCCGAAGCCGAGCAAGAGCUCGGACAAGCAGAAGGAGUCGGGCGACAAGCGCUCGGGCUGGCUGGGCGGCAUCCUCACGCGCCUGUCGCUGCGCGCGCCCAACCAGAUGAUCCUGCCCGACGACAAGAACCCCACGAUCGUGUGGGACGCGGAGCACAAGCGCUGGCGCAACCUGGACGCCGACGACGACGCCGCCGCCGCGCCGCCGCCGCCGCCGCCGCGCGCCGCCGACCUCGCGCCCGCGCUGGCCGCGACGCAGCCGGCCGGCGCGCCGCCCGGGGGCCCGCCCGCCGCGCCUACCUCCAACAUCUUCAAGAUGCAGAAGGGCAGGCACAUAAAGAAGUCGUACGUGGACGUGUUUAACCCAUCGGGCGCAGCUACUCGGCCGCUGCCGCCCGCCGCCGCCGUGCUGGGGCCCGCCGCACCUGCUGCGCCCGCGCCCGCGUCAUACUUCGUGCCGCAGCCCACGCACCAGAGCGGCAUCUACGACCCGAACCAGACGGCGACUGAGGAUGACAAAUUCACCUCCGGCAUAUAGCCGGCCCCACGCCCCACUCAACAAAAUGACCUCCCCGGCUCUACCCAUCUCGCUCACUCACAACCACAUCCCCGAGCGAGUGAGGGAGGCGGACAGAGCCGACGCCGACGUCCUUCUGUGGACCGGACCAGUUGAUCUCGCGACACGACUCACGACUCAUUCCGCGAAGACGCUCCACAUUUGUACUUUCAUACACCUCAUCGCAGGUCACAUAGUGACACUUACAAUAUUGUAUUAGUAGUCCACGGGAGCGCCUUAAGGCCACACACGAGCAGCUUAGCAACUAAGUGACGUUAGUUGUGAUGUAGUGACGACCGCGGGGCGCAGGCUGCUGCGCUCCCCCGCCAUUUUAUUCCCUAAUCAGUUUUUUCUUGACUAAAUUAUAAUGAGACGCGUAUUCCCUAUUCUUCACCAAUUUUGCAAUAAUCGGCUGUUUGAUAAUUUAGUGUGAAAUUUUAAUUUAUCGGAAUUUUAUUUAUUUUAUUGUAAUCCUGUGGUAAUGGUUUAAUCAUUUGAUGUAUUUUCUGACUUCUGUAUUAUGUAUUUUUUAAAUUCUAUUGAUAAUUAUAAUUAUUAUAUUCUUUUAUUGCAAAAUUUAUAUGUAAUCUAGUGUUUAUUCUAUUUUAGCGUAACGUGAUGAGCAUAUUUACACCGUUAUGAUAGAAUCUUUUCAGUUUGUUUCUCUUAGUGUUAUUUGGGUGCAAUUCUUUAUUUUUCUAUACUGUAGACAAUAAUAUCAUCAGAUUUAUCUACUUAUCUCGAAGAGUUUUAUUAUCUUUGCUUUUCAUUUCCAUGUUAUUAGGUAAGGUGUACAGAUAGAUAGAAGUGUAAAGGCGGUAGUGGUGGAUAGUCAGGUUGUAUAAACUAUGCCUUAGAGGGGCGAGCGUGUCUGUAUAUGUUGCCGCGGGGGCUCGCUCGCGAUGUAUUCGAAAUGUAUUAUAUUGAUUCAAACUUACGGAAAAUAUUUAAAUAAACUGUUUACGUUAAUGCUUA